UUAGGUACGAUUCGUUAUAAAAAUGAGUUCAAAAAGAGGCGAUACUCGCCGAACUCGAGCGCAGAAGCAUCAAAAUUCGUACGCUUUUAAGAACAAUCUGCACGACAAACACACGCCGCUAAUAAAACUGAUUACUAACUUGAACGUGAGCGAAGUUUGUGAACACUGCAAAAGUGUCAUCGAUUGGAAGAUCAAGUAUCGAAAGUACAAACCGCUUACGCAGCCGAAAUCUUGCAGCAAAUGUGGUGAGCGAAAAGUGAAGCGUGCUUAUCAUGUUAUUUGUCGGGACUGUGCCCUGAGCAGCCGAUGCUGUGCGAAAUGUCUCAAGUCGGCGGAUGAAGCAAACAUUAUUCCGCCGGAACCUACGGAACAGGAACAGGUCAAACUGAAGGCGGAAAUGGACCAGCUGAUAAAAUCGUUGCCCGAGCGUAAACGACGAACGUUUCUUCGCUACAUGAAUCGCGGCCAGAAGAAGAAACAGAAGCAUCCUGGUGUGGAACCGAACGAUUCGGAUGAUGAUGAAAAUGAAGGGGCAAAUAAGAAACCUACUGCUGAAAUGUUCCGCACGAGGGAAGAAUUGAUGCAGAAGUUUUCGCAGCUUAAAAUGGCCAGUGGGAAGGAUAGUGAAGAGGACGAUGAUGAUGAGGUCGACGACGAUGGGCUAGAUGAUGAUUUCAGCAGUGAAGACUACGACGACUGUAGUGAUGAAGAUUUAUCCAAAGCUUCCGAUACUAAAUAAAACCAUCGGUUGCAAAGUACAUUAUGAU